GUGACGUCAUCGGCGUGCGCAGGAAGAUGGCGGCGCCGGGAGGUUGUGGAGAGGUGCGGGUGAGGCUGACGUUCGAAUACCCGCCGCCCGCGCUCCCGCAGAGCCGCCACCUGUGGUUCAUGCUGGACACGGAGCAGUGCCGGGCCGUCACCGACGUCAGCGCCAUCAUCCGGGAGCGCUUCUUCUACAGCCGCGGGGGGGCGCUCGCUCUCUACCUGGACGGCUGCCUGCUGCCCCCCGGGGAGAGCGUGCGCCUCAUCCGGGACAACGACGCCAUCAGUGUGAAGUGGGAAGAGCCGGAGGAUGGGAGUGCUGACUGCAGGAGGAGGCCGGAGGAUGGGAGUGCUGACUGCAGGAGGAGGCCGGAGGAUGGGAGUGCUGACUGCAGGAGGAGGCCGGAGGAUGGGAGUGCUGACUGCAGGAGGAGGCCGGAGGAUGGGAGUGCUGACUGCAGGAGGAGGCCGGAGGAUGGGAGUGCUGACUGCAGGAAGCGGAAGGGCGUCUCUGUGAGUGCGGAGGAUGAGAGUGAUAUUCCCAGGAAGAGUAAAAAGAGGGCUGUCCAUGAGAGUGCGGAGGAUGAGAGUGAUGACCGCAGGAAGAGUAGAAAGAAGGGUGGCCCUGGGAGUGCGGAGGAUGAGAGUGAUGACCGCAGGAAGAGUAGAAAGAAGGGUGGCCCUGGGAGUGCGGAGGAUGAGAGUGAUGACCGCAGGAAGAGUAGAAAGAAGGGUGGCCCUGGGAGUGCGGAGGAUGAGAGUGAUGACCGCAGGAAGAGUAGAAAGAAGGGUGGCCCUGGGAGUGCGGAGGAUGAGAGUGAUGACCGCAGGAAGAGUAGAAAGAAGGGUGGCCCUGGGAGUGCGGAGGAUGAGAGUGAUGACCGCAGGAAGAGUAGAAAGAAGGGUGGCCCUGGGAGUGCGGAGGAUGAGAGUGAUGACCGCAGGAAGAGUAGAAAGAAGGGUGGCCCUGGGAGUGCGGAGGAUGAGAGUGAUGACCGCAGGAAGAGUAGAAAGAAGGGUGGCCCUGGGAGUGCGGAGGAUGAGAGUGAUGACCGCAGGAAGAGUAGAAAGAAGGGUGGCCCUGAGAGUGCGGAGGAUGAGAGUGAUGACCGCAGGAAGAGUAGAAAGAAGGGUGGCCCUGAGAGUGCGGAGGAUGAGAGUGAUGACCGCAGGAAGAGUAGAAAGAAGGGUGGCCCUGGGAGUGCGGAGGAUGAGAGUGAUGACCGCAGGAAGAGUAGAAAGAAGGGUGGCCCUGGGAGUGCGGAGGAUGAGAGUGGGGUCCCCGAGAAGACCAAGAAGAGGGCGGAGGUGACCCCGGAGAAGGUGUCAGCAGAAACCUCAGAGAAGAAGCCUUCCUACCAGGAGGAGCCGGGCGGCCUUGUACAUAAGGAGACUCCGCCCCUGCUCAGCUCCUCCAGGGCGGCGGCCACCUCUUCAUCAUCAUCCAGCUCUGACCAGGAGGACACAGGGCGGGGCAAGGGGGAGGAGCCUGGGCCCCCCCGGCAGACACAGCAGAGGGACGGCUCCAUCGUGAAGAAGCCGCUGAUCUCCGGCCUCGUCUCCUUCCCAUCUGUGUGCAAUGGACGUGGGGCCAGAGGGGGCGCUCAGCGCAGGCCUCCGCUGAAGACUGCAGGGCGUGGCCUGUCCAGGGGGCGGGGCAUUGACAACCUGCCCUGGGGAGGGCGGGGAUUCCGAGGCCGAGGAGAGACACAGCCGCAAAAACACUUCUUCUAUAACUGCAGCCCCGAGAAGGCGAAAGAGCAGCAGCUGAGCAACGUGUCCGUGCUGAUCCAGAAUCCUCCAGAAGUUCAGAAGACUGAUUACGGCACCCUCCCGCUCCUCGCUGCUCCACCUCAACUCGGGAAGAUCAUCGCGUUCAAACUGCUGGAGCUGACUGAGAAUUACACCCCGGAAGUCUCCGACUACAAGGAGGGCCGGGUCCUGAGCUAUGAUGCAGUCAGUCAGCAGUUGGAGGUGGAAAUCCUGUCUCAGCAGAGGAGGAAGGAGCCCGGUAAGUUUGACUUGGUGUAUGAAGGAGAAGAUGGGAGAAAUAUUGUGGAAUAUGCAGUUCCUCACGAAUGUAAGAUCACACAGGCCUGGAGCUCGCUGAUUGAACCAAGACUGGUGACAGAACAUGCAUCCCCGGCAGCGGGCCCCUGAGCGGCAGUGGUGGACAUGUCUAUAGACUGCUCCCAAUGGGAGAUCCUUGCACCGUCCUCGAUGCUCCGGGGAACAUUUCUUU